GGAGGGAAGAGAGGGCGGGCGGGAGUUGCCGGCGCCAGACGCGGAGGAAGGAGCUGCGACUAGCCGCCGAGAGGCCGCGGAGCCCGCGACGACCGAGCCAGCCGAGCCGCCGCCGCCGCCGCGCCCAUGGCGGCCGCCAAGGACACCCACGAGGACCACGACACCUCCACCGAGAAUGCCGACGAGUCCAACCAUGACCCCCAGUUUGAACCAAUAGUUUCUCUUCCGGAGCAAGAAAUUAAAACGCUGGAAGAAGAUGAAGAGGAGCUUUUUAAAAUGCGGGCCAAGCUGUUCCGGUUUGCUUCAGAGAACGACCUCCCGGAGUGGAAGGAGCGGGGCACUGGGGACGUCAAGCUGCUGAAGCACAAGGAGAAGGGGACCAUCCGCCUCCUCAUGCGCAGGGACAAGACCCUCAAGAUCUGCGCCAACCACUAUAUCACGCCGAUGAUGGAGCUGAAGCCGAACGCAGGCAGUGACCGUGCCUGGGUCUGGAAUACCCACGCAGACUUCGCCGACGAGUGCCCCAAGCAGGAGCUGCUGGCCAUCCGCUUCCUUAAUGCCGAGAAUGCACAGAAAUUCAAAACGAAGUUUGAAGAAUGCAGGAAAGAGAUUGAAGAGAGAGAAAAGAAAGGAUCUGGCAAAAAUGAUAGUGCCGAGAAAGUAGCUGAGAAGCUAGAAGCUCUUUCGGUGAAGGAGGGCAAGGAGCCCGAGAACGAGACCAAGGAGGUGGCUGAGGAGGAGCAAUGAGUCGGCUCCCGUUGUGUCCUUUCUCCCUGUCUUUUCCCUUUUUCUUUUUUUAAAUUUUGCCCUGCACCCUUCUUUUUGGUUUUUUUUUAUUCUGUUUUGUUUUUACAAGGGACUUUAUAUAAAGAACUGACUUCCAACAUUCAGGUUGUUUUUUUCUAAGUUUUUGCCCUAAUGAAGACGACUUCAGAAAAUCCAUUACCCAGUCGUGAGAAUGUACUGUGCUAACUUUCUUUUCCAUAGUGGAAACACUUAUUUAUAGUCAUCAAAAUAGCAAAUAAACAACACGUUUGAAACUUG